AUGAGCUCAACAAACUUUCAUACCAAACCUUCCAUUCGGCCUUUCGGGCGACUUAGGCCCCCUCUGGUUUACUUGCGGCGGAACAAUGUUUAUCGCGGACAGCUCCAGCACGGGUCACACGUCCCAGCCGCCUUAAUUUCUGAAGGAUCACAGCAUAAGCUGCCGCAGCUGGACAACCUGCUGCGGGGAGGUUCUCUUGCCGCGGCCGCCGCACUCUCCCUGGCAGCCUCCUUCGCCCUGGGCUUGCCUGCGGAGGCCGCCGCGCCAGCCGCCGACACCGCUGCUCUAUCCAUCCCGGGCAUUGUGGGCGACUCGCCACUGCGCGAGGGCUUCGUAUCUGGCUUCCUGCUCAUCUUCUUCUCGGAGAUUGGCGACAAGACAUUCUUCCUCGCGCUGCUCUUAGCGCUCAAGCAGCCCAAGAGCCUGGUGUUCACGGGCACCUUUGGCGCAUUGGCGAUCAUGACAGUAAUCUCGGUGCUGCUGGGCCAGGUACUGCAUCAGGUUGACGAGCUGGUUCCGGGGGACGCCAACAUUCCGUACGAUGACCUGCUGGCGGUGGCGCUUCUCGUAUACUUCGGAGUUAAGACGCUGCAGGACGCCAAGGAUGCUGACGAAAGCGCUGCUGAGGAGAAGGAGGAGGCCAAGGAGGUAGUGGAUGGGCUGAAGGCUGGUGGGGAGGAUGCGCUGCGGCUGGUGCUAACCACCUUUGCGCUCGUGUUCGCGGCGGAGUGGGGCGACAAGUCCUUCCUGGCCACUAUUGCGCUGGCGGCGGCAUCUUCACCGCUAGGCGUCACCGCCGGCGCCGUCGCGGGGCACGGGGUCGCGACGGGCCUUGCGGUGGCGGGCGGCGGCUUCCUAUCGCAGUAUUUUAGCGAGCGGGUGCUGCAAUACGUGGGCGGAUCUCUGUUCCUGGUUUUCGCUGCAGCAACCGUUGUGGAUCUGUUUGUGUAA